GCACCUGAAGGCAUCAUGGGCGCAUGGAGGAUGUGUCGAGAGCGCGCCUCGGUGGUGGGCGGAGCCUGUAGGAACAUACCUGGACAGCGCGAUGGACCUGUCAAAGCGAGUGUCAUUAUGGACGGUGGAGGACGUGUUGGAGUGGAUGCAGGAGCAGUGUCCAGCCCACAUGAACCGGCUGCAUAAAGCCAUCAUCAAACACGCUAUAUCAGGCCGAGCGUUGCUGAGAUUAAAGGAUCAUCACCUGGAGCUUCUCGGGGUGGAAGCCGAGGAGCAGCAGCAGGAGAUCCUGCAGGACCUCCUCCUCCUCAGAGUUCAGGAGGAAAUCAAGGAACUCACUGACAUCUGCUCCGACUGUUUUUCUUUGUAGCCGAAGACGAAUGUUCAGGCAAGAAAUGCAGCUUUUUUUUUUUUUUACAUUUCCCUUCCAUCCAUUCAUCCAUGUGAAGGG